UUGGCAGCGGCCGGGGCCGGCGGCCGUUGGCUAACUGGCCUACCAAGCUAGCUCAAUUUCUUGCCCGGCUGCGGCCAGAAUGACAAAGGAUUCACCCACCCCCUUGGGUGGUGGCCGCGCGUCGCCCAAGAAGCCAGGAAGCCCCGGCCCAGCGGCAGCAGUGCUGGAAGAGCAGAGGCGAGAGCUAGAGAAACUGCGGGCAGAGCUGGAGGCCGAGCGCGCGCGCAGCCGGGCGGAACGGCGGCGUUUCGCGACCCAGGCGCGCCAGCUGCGGGAGUCGGCCGAGCAGGAGCGGCAGCAGCUGGCUGACCAUCUGCGCUCCAAGUGGGAGGCACGACGCCUCCGGGAGCUGCGGCAGCUGCAGGAGGAGGUGCAGCGCGAGCGUGAGGCUGAGAUCCGGCAGCUGCUGCGCUGGAAGGAGGCAGAGCUUCGGCAGCUGCAGCAGGUGCUGCACCAGGAGCGCGAUGGUGUAGUGCGCCAGGCUCGGGAGCUACAGCGCCAGCUGGCCCAGGAGCUGGUGAACCGCGGUUACUGCGGCCGCUCGGGGGCGUCCGAAGACUCCGCGGCUCAAUGCCGUUGCCGCUUGCAGGAAGUGCUGGCGCUGCUGCGCUGGGAGACCGACGGCGAGCAAGCCGCGCGCAUCCGCCACCUGCAGGCGGCGCUGGACUCGGAACGCCAGCUCUUUCUUAAAUACAUCCUAGAGCACUUCCGUUGGCAGCCGGUUUUACCGGAACCUGCGGACCCCCAAGCCGCGCAUUCCUUGGAAGAGCCACCCCUAAAAACCCAGAGCAACACUUAUGACACCCCAAAGCCUGCUCGUAGACUCGGAUCCCUCGAAAGCCUGAACACUGGCGUCCGGGUUAGCUCUCCAAACGAACUGCUGCCCACGCGCUCCAGCUCCCUCGAAUCCUUGACACCAGCACAUUCCUGCUCACUCGACAGCACACUGAGUUGUCCCCGGGCUUCCGAAUCCGAGUUAGGGGCUUCUUCGACCAGCGCCCCCAUCCCAGGCACCUCCAGUCUCCUUCCGCCGCCUCAGCUACCAUCAAUACAGAGAAAAACUAGUGAGCUGCAGGAAGAAAGCUCCGAGAACAAGCCCUGCGAAGCCCUGAUCCCCUCGCCGCCGGGUCAGGACUACCCCGAACUGGUGAGGCAGAAUUCGGAGUUGGCCGAGGCAUUGCAAGUACUUGUCCGCCGCUGCUGUGACCUGCGCGAAGAGAACUUGCAGCUGUGGCGCGCGGGCUUCUCCGAUGAGACCGAUGAGAAAGUGAAGUGGCUGAAGGUGAAGCACGCAGAGCUGACCGAUCUUGCUCAGCGCCUUGAAGACAGGGUUCGCAAGCUGCUGGAGACCAAUCUUCUGGCCGUGAGCGCUCCUAUGCCGGGUGAAAGCCUCGAGGGACUGAACCUGGGCCAAGUGUUUACCCGUCAGUGCACUCAGGACCUGUCAGAACAGGCUGGCGCGCUGCAAGCCAAGGACCUGCAGAUCGAAGCACUGAGGCGGGAGUGCCACCUGCUGCAGGCGCACAUCGCCACGGACCUCGGCAGCUCCUCGCUUGCUGGAGAGGGCGCCACCUGCGCGCAAUGGUGCAGCAUCAAUGACUUGGACCGGCUGCAGCGUGAGUCUCAGCGGGAAGUGCUGCGCCUGCAAAGACAGUUGACUCUACAUCAGAGUAAAGCCGGCGCCCGGGCUGAAGCAGGCAGCCUCAGCUCACUCUCCGAGACAGCGCGACACCAGGUGCAGGCCCUGGAGAGGGAACUGGGUGCACAGCGGCGGGAAUGCGAGGAGCUGAGCGCUCAGGCAGCCGCCGCAGAGCGGCGAUAUGAGAAAGCAGAGGCACAACUGCAAGCUGCGCUGCAUAAGGGCGCCAGGCUGUCAGAGGAGAACGCGCAGCUGCAGGCCCUGGCCAACUGGGUAAAGAAGAUAGCAGAUGAGAACAGUAAUGUUUCCCAGCAGCAAAACCACGCGAGGCAGAGACAGGAACUCGAAGAUACUGGCCUGCUGGCUGAGCAGCUGCUGCAACAAGCGGGAUGUGUGCAAGACAGGUGGCAGCAGCUGCAGUACUACCAAAAUAAAGCCCCGAGUGACCUCAAGGCAUCCGGGAGAGAGAUGCAGGACUUGCAGUGUCAGCCUGACCAACCCCCGGAGACAUCAGAGACCACCCAAGCUUCAGAGUCCCAAGUCAUGGGUAGCAGGAAGCCCAAGAUCAAGCCAAAGUCUGAAGAACAUGCAUUGCCACUGCCUACCGGGGACAUACAACCUCCCGUUUGUCUCUCCCAGCAGAACUCAGUUACCCUUGAGGAGCCAGCUGGUAUCCCCCAAGUAUCAGACAAAGAUCCUACCAGUCAACCUCUGGACUCCAGGUCCCAAGCCAAGAAAACCAGUUCACACUCAAAUUCUUCCUCUGAGGUGGAGUCCAUGUGGGCUACAGUGCCAUCCUGCCUUUCUCUGGACAUGGACACAGCAAGUGAAGUAGAUGAUUUAGAGCCAGACAGUGUGUCCUCUCCCCUGGAAACAAGGAGCUCUGAGGCUCCCACCACUCCCAAGCUCAAGAUCUUCUUGGCUAAAUAUAGCUACAGUCCACUUGAAGGGUCUAACAAGCAUUCUCAAGGCCAGCUACCUCUCACAGCUGGGGAUUAUGUAUAUGUCUUUGGGGACAUGGAUGAGGAUGGUUUCUAUGAAGGGGAGCUUGUGAACGGGCAGCGAGGGCUAGUGUCCUCCAACUUAGUGGAGCAGAUUUCAGGAAGCCCUACCCUGAACCACCUAUUCCCUGAGUCCCCUGAAGUUGCACUACCAGCUGAGCAUAGCAAAGCCUUGAAGAAAGACAGCUUAUUAUGUGGGGAAGUUCAGGGAUCAGUGGAGAGAAGCCUAUGUCAGGUGGUAAGGGCAGCCUCCAAGACAGAUAUGGCAGUAGAGGUUUUAGAAACCGAGACAGAAGCCUGCUGGCUGGGCGAGAAACCAAGCAUGGAGGAGCGGAGUUUCUCCAGACCCCUUCUGGAGGCCAAAGGAGUGUUCUGUCUGGCCCCCAUGCAACUGCAGCUGCAGAAUGUCACAGCUACCUCUGCCACAAUUACAUGGGCCUCUGGCAGCAAUAGAUAUCCCCAUGUGGUAUACCUGGAAGAUGAAGAGCAUACCCUAACUCCCUCAGGUGUGAGCUUCUACACCUUCCAAGGCCUACGUCCUGGCACACGGUACCGGGUGAGGGUGGGGGUGCAGCUCCCUAGGGACCUGCUGCAGGUGCUCUGGGAAACAAUGUCCUCCACUGUCACUUUUGAUACCCCUUUAGCGGGACCCCCUGACCCCCCUUUGGAUGUGCUGGUGGAGCACCAUGCCUCUCCAGGCUUCCUGGUGGUCAGUUGGCUCCCUGUAACCAUUGACUCGGCUGGGUCCUCCAAUGGAGUGCAGGUCACUGGCUAUGCUGUGUAUGUGGAUGGGUUUAAGGUGACAGAAGUUGCUGAUGCCACCGCUGGAAACACCCUGCUGGAAUUUUCCCAGCUUCAGGUUCCCCUAGCAUGCCAGAAGGUUUCAGUGAGAACCAUGUCGCUCUACGGUGAGUCCCUGGAUUCCGUGCCAGCCCAGAUUCCUGAGGACUGUUUCUCUUGUUCCCCAUUCCUAGAGACUCCUCCCUUCAACUACACAGAUGGUGACCCUUCUACCUGCAGAGUUGCUUUCCCUGUCUGUCCUAAGAAGCUGGUACAAGCUUCUCCCAGUACCAAGCCCAGCUGCCAUAGCCCCGGAAGCUGUGGGGAGCCUCAGGAUAAGUUUCUAGAAGCAUUCGCUGAAGAAUCUCCAAGGAAGCAUUUGCCAGUAUCCAACUUGAGCUCAGAAGGAGCAGACAACGAAGUCCAGGGGCCCACAGAGGCCAGGAAGGACUAUGAAAAGGGCCUAUCUUUUCAGGAGAGUCCCAAGAACCACAAGCCACCUCUGCUCUUUGGCAAGUCUAGGGUGGAAGGCAGCCACUUCCCACACAUGUGCAUCAGUGGAGGUCCUGCUCCAGGAUUCACCCAUCUCUCCCCAGAGACUGGAUCCAGGAAAGUACUGAGUCGGGAGAAGCCUGGCCUUGAGACAGCCCUUCUUCAAAAGCAGUAUGCCCAGAUGCUCCCACCUCACCAGCAAGGUGCCAGCCAAUGCCGGGCAACUGACUUGCAUCACGUUUUGGAGGAGAAGGAGGCUGUGUGUUUGGAUUCUGAGUGCAUAGAGAAACUAGGGCAAAGAAAGAACAUGUUCCAAAGUGGACAAAGGCAGAAGACUCCUGAUCAGCUGGAGACAGAAGCUAAUAGUCCAGUCCGGGUCUUUGUGGCCCUCUUUGAUCAUAGCCCCCUGGUGAUGUCUGUCAACUCCAAGGCUUCAGAGGAGGAACUGGUAUUCCGGAAAGGGCAGUUGCUGAGAGUGUGGGGUUCACGGGAUCCUCAUGGCUUCUACCAUGGAGAGUGCAAUGGACAAGUGGGCAAAAUCCCUGGACAUCUGGUAGUUGAGGUAGAGGUGGGCACAGGGCAGACUAGCGAGAGGUGGCAUUUGCCAGCCCAAGGGCAUCUGCGUUCUGAGACUCAGCAUGAAGACUUGGAGGGUCUAACCAACUCCCAGGGAUCUUUCAUGCCUCAAGGGAAUCCCAGAAUACCCACUCUGUGGACCCCAAAGAUAAUGGUGGCAGCUCUGGACUAUGACCCCAGGGAUGGGAGAGCAGGGGUCCGGGCAAAGGGCAAGCUGGUGCUGAGGGCUGGAGAUGUGGUCACAGUUUAUGGGCCUGUGGAUGAUAAGGGAUUCUACUAUGGUGAGUAUGGUGGACACAGGGGCCUGGUCCCAGCCCAUCUGCUGGAUGACUUACCUGUCUGUAGAGAGUAAGCAGGACUCCUUUGUAGGGCGGUAGCCUCUGGCUGCCCACACCCCUUGGAAGGAGAAGCAAGCACGUGCACCUUCACACAACACCCCUCCUUGCCAGCCACCUUAAGCAACACUGGCUCCAGGCGACAUCACCUGAAACUGAUGACAGUCCUCAGAUAGCCUUCUAGUGUCCAAUAGAGGCAGGACGUAAAUCUGAAUUCUUUCCAAAAGAAAACUAAACCAGCCAACCCCUGAGAGUUUGAUAUGAAUAACCAUGACAAGUAUCAGAAAUGCCUUUUUCUGUGAUCAGUAUGUUUUCUUUAACAGGUUAACGUUAUCCAUCCAUUGCCUUGUAUGAAAGUCUCAAGAAAAGUUGCAUCUUAAAAUGAAAAAGCAAACAGAA